GUUCGACAUUUUUUAAAUUAAUUAUUUCUAGCUACAAAUGUUUAAAAUAAUGAGAACUAAUGCAAUCAUUUUAUAUAUAAGAGUUAUUUGAAGUAAGAAUGUCAAGGGUUUAACAAAUUUAUUGGACUUUUCUCUUCUUAUGGGCAGGUGAUGAGAAGAAAAUAGAAUAAAAAUCUAAAAGGAAACAUAAAAAACAAUCACAAAAUAUUAACAUAACACACCUUCGGACGAGGUGUGACAUCUUGUCUGGAAUCUUAGCGCUUAGAUGGUAGCAUAGCUGGUGGUGUGGCGGAAACAUGAAUUGUUAGGGAAAGAAAGGUGUGGAAGAAGAGGAAUAGAGGGAAGUAGUAAUGAUGGUAGAUAUGGACCGGACCCUUCAUAGCAUGGUUUGCAAGCUGAUCACACCAUUCAUAUGGCUCGUGGUUUUGCCCUGCUUCAUCAACUCCUGCUCCCGUCGCUGCUGCCAACACUGGAAACCCAGAUACUACAUUUAGGGUUACACGGGGUGUUGGUUCCAAUAAGGUUGGGGCCUUUGGACAUGGCGGUGCUGGUCUUGGAACAUCUUUAUUCCUUGGAUUUUUUUUUUUAUUAAUGGGAGUAUUCAGGUGGAGGCAGCGCAUCUGCUCUAUUUCGAGCUGGGCUUCCUAUAUUGGAAGUACAACAAUUUCAAAGUGCUGGACCCAAAACCGAAGAUGGAAAGAAGAUAAUUUUUCAGGAAUAUUUGGCCGUCCAAUGAUGAAGUUGCUCAUGUUGUUCAUUCAAGUGUGGUGCCUGAUAUAUAUAUUCGAGGGUACAUAUCAGGCAAUCACCAAGGGAAAUCCCAUGUGGAAUCAAUUAUCUGUUACUUCAGGCACUCUAUAUGCUUGGGAUUCCAAAUCAACAUACAUACAUGAGCCACCAUAUUUCAAAAGCAUGACGAUGUCUCCGCCAGGACCACAUGGUGUGAAUGAUGCUUACUGCUCGCUCAACUUCGGGGACAGCAUUAAAGCUGAUCACAUCUCACCAGCUGGCAGCAUCCACAAGGAUAGUCCUGCUACUAGAUACCUCCGUCAUGGAACAUGGAGUGAUUUGGAGGAGGAAGAAGAGGAAGAGGAAGAACAUCUUGAUGAAGAGGAGUUGGAGGAUGAUGUUCAAUCUGUUGAUAGCCUUUCAAGCACACCAACUGGAGUUGAGACUCCUAAUGUUAUUGACCCUUGCAAGUAGCAGAGAAAGGAACCUGAAAGGCCUCGGAUUUGCUGUUUCUGUUGUUACAUGGACUCAAUUUUACUUGCUUGAGUUUGAUAAAAGAUGUGAAGAUGUUGUCAUAGGACAGGGGAGUUGGGAUGCUUCAGAAUUCCGAGAAAAGCUUGAAGAGGAAUUAUAUAUGAUAUGAUUAAUUUAGAGGAAUACCUUGAAGAGGAAUUAAUGAUAAAUGAUAUGUUGAACAUAAAAUAAAUACAAAAAAAUAAAAUAAAAUCAAACAUCUUUCAAAAUUAUUUUUUACCAUCUUUGUUUCCAUAUUGAGAUGGAGAGAGAGAACACCAAAGGAUUUUUGUUUCCUUGAGAUGGAGUGAGAGACUAAAGGAUGGUGGUGUGGAGAACUAUCUUUACUAUGGGAGUCUGUGAUGAUGUUUUGGCUAUCUGGACAUGCAGCUGUUGUAAUGAUGCAAAGGUAAAUGUGAAAAACAGCAUUAUCCACCAGAGGUUCUUACAAUGUGCUGGUAUGUUUAUGGUGUUGGAUAUUGCUUUUCCGUACUUGUAAUCGCAUUCAUCUGCUUCUAAUUAAUGCAACAUGCGAGGUUUCACAAGAGCGUUGGUCUCGUGUCUCUUGACGACAUCUUUUACGGUCCAAAUCAGCUUGAUGAAUCUAAACUAGAACUGCAUCAGUUUUUAAUUGCAAUUUCUUGGUGCUAAUCAUGAUUACACAUCUGGUAUUAUAAACUGCUUCAUGAAAUAACCUGUUAGGAUUCAAAACAUUCCUUCGGAUCCCACAUUUUCUUCACACCAUGCUUACUGAUACUGGAUAAGGGACUGCCAUUACUAAUCGUCUACAGUUUAGGCAGCCAUGACUGCUUAUCUGAUGUUUAGACAAAGCCAUGGUGAUCUGUCUACCUUUCUAUUUCCUGACCGUCCAUGCAUCCAGACGAUUGUUCAAACAAUACAAAUACAUGUGCAUGUGAAACAAUUAAGUUGCCAAUGUUAAGAAGAUCCAAUAUGAGUGAAAUCUUGCUAGACAUCUGAGGAAUUUGAAAAAAUGCUAGAACUUACAAAGAAGUGG